UAUUUGUCUACUAGUAAUGAUAAUCAGUUAGCAGUUGUUAUGCCAGUAACAAGAUUGGAAAAUAUUGGUGCAGAUCAUUAAACCAUGUACUUUUCUGUAUAUUUUACUGUAAUAAAGUGCUAAUUGAACUAGUUUACAUUGUAGUCUAAACAUCUUUACUUUAAGAAUAAAUAAAUUUUUCUGUACCUUCUUUCUUUUUUUAAGUGUAACUUACUCUUUCUAGAGUUUAAUAAUCAGAUUGAAGGAACAGAGAUAAAGCCAUUCCAUGUGUAUUCUUUACUGAGAAAAAAACAAGUAUAAUUUGGUAAAAGGUUGAAUUUGUGAACUUAAUAGAUAUUUUUAAACAAUCAGAUCAGAGGGAUCGCCUAAAUGAUUGGUGUAUUUUCAUUAUGUGUUAAUUUAUAUAUAUAUAUGUAUAAUUUUUAUUUCAGUUCAAAAUUGAAAUCUGCAAAUUUUAUUUCAGGAACUACUAUGCAUUUAAAUAUGGAAAUCUUUACUGACUUCUGAUGUAAAAGGCAUUUUGAAAAUUUUUCUGUCAUUUGAUGCAAUAAAAAUUAUAACGGGAACUUUGUUUAUCAUCCAUGAACAUUAUUUAUGAUGAGCUUCAAGAUGUUAAAAAUCAUUGUGAGUCUCAGAUUGUUGGAACUAAAAUAGUUGCUUGUGUUCCAUCUAUGGUUCGAGUUGAUAUAAGGAAAACUAAGCAUAAGCAAUUAACAGCAUGUCUGCAAUUCCCUGAAACUUAUCCUCUCUAUCCUUUACUUGUGGAGUUAAAAAGCAAAACUCUGAGUGAGAAGUUCUUAAGUGGUUUGACCAAAGUUUCUGAAGAAGAAUGCAAGAAAUUUCUAGGCAAACCUCAGGUCCUUAAAGUGUUGAAGUUUCUGAAGCUGUUUCUAGAUGAAAAUCCACUUUCGGUUUGUAGUGAAGAACUGUCUUCCAUAAAACGUUUACUUGAUGAGCCUGACCAGAUAAAAUUGAAGCAAAAGACAUCUUCAGUGGUUUUACAUAUAACUAAGGAAUCAUACUUUUUAAAAGUCAGAGCCGUUGUUCCUGAUUCUUACCCUGAAGAGCAAAUACAAAUUCAAAUUAUUGAUUGUAAUUUUCCCCCAAACUUUCGACGCUGGUUUGUUGGUCAGUCUACAGAAAUAGCUCGCCAGUGUGUCCAGAAACCAUUGAAACCAAAACCAAAAGAUCCACCAUUUGAACCUAAGCCUUCACUUUGGCCUACAUUGAAAUUUUUGAUUGAUGAGAUAAAAAGGUAUCCAUCUGAACUAUGCCAACUAUGCAAAGAAGUAUGUUUCCCUGCAGAUCCAUUAAAUGUCGUUGCUGACGAAACUGCUGAAAAGCACAUCGAAAGAGUAUACUGUGGUCACAUUUUUCAUAAUAUUUGUUUGGAUACAUAUAUAAAAACUCCCCCAUUUCAUGGUGGUAAAAAAUGUCCAAGCUGCAAGCAAAGAAUUUAUCAUGACAAAUGGAAAAUUACUCCUAAAUUGGCAGAGGAUCGUUGGGCUCACCAAGAGGCAAAAAAACGUGAACUUGGGGAAGUGGUUGAAUUUUUCGAAUGACAUUUACAGAAUAUUGCUUUAUCUGUACUUUUUCAGAGUUAUUAGUUUGACAUUUUUAUUUUACAUGACAACUUUGGGAUUGUAUUUAAAAAGAGAUGUUUUUAAUGUGUUAAAUACUAUAUAAUGUGUUAGAGUAAAAAUAAUUGGAGUUAUUAUAAAGAUAUUAGUUGAUUUCUUAUAACACUUUUCUACCUCAGUUCUCAGUCACUUUUGUUGAAACAGUUCCUUCUCAUUCCAUAUUUCAUUGCAAGAAAGGCAGAAUUUCUGCCUGUAUGAUUAACUUUAUAAAAUUCCCAUUAAAGUUGAAUCUUAAAUUAUAUAGUUUUACUUGUAUUUGGAUUUUUUUAAAAAACAUAUUGGAAUUUUUCUUAAAAGUCAAUUCAGGAAAACUAUAUAUGCUGUGAAAGUUAAAAAAAAUUAAAAUAUUUGGUAUGUUCGGAAUGCAUAAAAUAUACUGAGGCACAGCUAUAUUUUAUCAUUCCUUAAAAAAAUUCUUAUAAAAAGUUAAAAUUUGCCGAUAUGUUAACACAUAAACAUUAGCAGAACUUCGUAUCAUCAUGCUUUCCACUGAUUAAAACAACUGUACCCCUGUAAUAAAUAGUAAUUUACAUAAUUUCUUGUUCCAGUUAUUUAGGUAAACUCUUGCUUCAUCCAGAAUCACAAUGCAUUUUCAUUUAUUUCCUGUUAAAUUUUAUUCCUUGUGUGUGGCUGAACAUAAAAAAUAUUGUAAAGGCCAUCGUAAAUUGUAUUUUCUGCUUUAAUAGUGAAUCUUUUGUUUUUUAGCCUUUCUAAGUUGUAAAUCUUUAUUAUUUUAUUUAUUGUUUCCACGGAUAAAUUUAAAGACUGCAA